UGCUUGUGUGCAUUCUGGAAAGGAAUUUGUACCAGGUCAGUUAUAUGUUGCCUGUUCUCGCGUGUCUUCCAUGCAAGGAUUGUCUAUUGUGAAUUUCAACGAAUACAAGCUGAUAAGAUCCUCAAGCAAAGUAGAGAACUUUUAUGCCAAUUGUCAUGAUGAUGCACCUCUACCAUCUCUUAUGUGCUGUACCCAUAAGGCACUCUGCCUGGAUGGAAUAAAUGGACAAUUAAUUGAAAUGGAGCAGUGCACAGAUGAUUUUCAACUUGAUGAUCAGGAAUUGGAAGAAAUUGAUAAGAUUUGCAACUCAUAUUUUUCUGAUGAUCAAAGUGAGCAGCAGAAUAGGAUAAAUCUGGACACCGUGUUAAAUGACAUUAUUUCACAGAUGUCUAAUGAUUUGCCAAAAUUAAAUGAAGUAUCUCCAAAUGCCCUGCUGGAUCAAUUGAAAGAAAUGGUAAAGAAUACAUCAACAACAUUAACUGCAAAGAUUCUAGAUGUCAUUGAUUUUCUUGAGCACAAAGAUCAUUUGCCAAAUCUCAAAGCAUUUGCAAGUAUCCAACAGAAUCGAUUGUAUAAAGUGUUACAAGAAAAGUCAAAGAAGAAAAAAAGGAUACCACAGCGAAGUUUGACUUUAAAAUGCUUCUUUCAUUCGAGUUCUCGAUAUUUAGCCGUGGUGAUGCCAUGAAAGAAUUUGCCUCUAUGAUGUGUAUUCCUGAAAAAGAACUAGCUGUGGAGCACUUCUGGGUAAUGACAGAGCUUAUUAAGGCAGUCAGAUCAGACAUCAUUGGCCAAAUGUACAAUUUAAAGUUUGAAAGUGAGGCUGCAUCAACACAAGAAGAAUGUCUGGGAUAUGAGCAAAGAAGGGCAAGGCAAAGUAAGGUACGUGGGAGGCUGGGCAAUUAUUAAACUGAUUUAUUCUUUCAAGAAGUACAUAACUACAAACUGCACCUCCUGCAAUGCAAGAGUUAGACAAGAAAUGCGUAAGAGAUGCAAAUGGAUUGACAUGCUGGAGUCUUUAUUUCUUCAAAGUGCCAAUGUACAUGAGUCUUCUAGCUACAAAGAGACCCUAACAGUGAUUGAUGUAAGGCAGUUUAGAAAUAAGAUUGUUGACAAGUACUUCUCUAUGGGGGCUGGUCAAUAUAUAAGAGAUUUUAGAAGAGAUUACAAUGUAACAGAAGCUCACAGGAAAAGAGUGCAAGAGAAGAAAAUUGUAAAGGAAAGACGAAAUGAAAAGGUGGCUAUUGCAAGCAUUAAGAGCGAAAGUCGGAGACGGUCGAGAAUCCGAAAUCAGUUGGGAAAAAUCGAAACUUUUUUUAUUUCACCUAAAAAACYCAUUAGGGGAGCUGUUUCAGAAAAUCACAUUUAAA